UGCUUACUUUGUAAGAGAGAGCAGGACUGCUCUGAUGUCUCUCCCAGAUAACGGGCUCUGCCUGCUUCAGUCCAUUUUUCAGCAAGGAAAAGCUUGUGAUUUAAUGUUGAGUAUAAAGCUUCAGAAGACCAGCAAGAAAAUAAAGUAUCUCACAUGGUGAGAUAUAAAAUGCAGCGGUGUAGAUUUUAGAGGAGAUGGCAGAAUUUACGGAAGCUGGCUAUCCCAGGCAAUUGGCAACGGAGAGUCAAGGAGACAGAUUUAAGACUCACCAGAAGGAAACUCUUAUAUCAGUGGGAAGAAAGUCAAAUGCCUGGCAAAUGCUUGCUGCUGUCCAGUAAAGUGUAUUGACACUGAAAAGAAAAUGUAAAUAAGAUGAAAGAAGCCCAAGUUUAUUGUGGCUGGAUGAAAUUCAGGGAGACUGUCUUGCUAGGAGGAAAGAGAGGAUGUGUGUGAGUUGGGGGAAACCAUCAGUGACAUUGGGACAAAUUCUGGAGGAGCUGUCACAUUUGCUGAUUAAAGAUUGGAUAUAACUUAAAAGAAGCAUCAUUCUGAUCACUACGUAUUGGACACCAGCCUCCUUUGACCUCGGAAAUUGAAAAUGAGGUUGCUAUGGGAACUGCUUGUUCUGAAAUCAUUCAUGUUGUGCCUUGCAGAUGACAAUAUACUGCGUGGACCAGUUUUCAUCCAAGAACCAAGCAGUGUUGUUUUUGCACUGGAUUCUGAUGAGAAGAAAGUCAAACUGAACUGUGAAGUUAAGGGAAAUCCUAAACCAACGAUAAGGUGGAAGUUAAAUGGAACCAUAGUUGACAUUGGUAUGGAUUACCGCUACAGUGUGGUUGAAGGCAGCUUGUUGAUCAAUAAUCCCAAUAAGACUCAAGAUGCUGGAACAUACCAGUGCAUAGCAACAAAUUCAUUUGGAACAAUUGUUAGCCGAGAAGCAAAACUACAGUUUGCGUAUCUGGAAAAAUUCAAAACCCGGACUAGGAGUACAGUGUCUGUCCGACAAGGACAGGGGAUGGUAUUGCUGUGUGGACCACCACCACAUUCUGGAGAACUAAUCUAUGCCUGGAUCUUUAAUGAAUACCCAUCAUUUGUGCACCAAGAUAAUCGCCGCUUUGUUUCUCAAGAGACCGGAAAUUUAUACAUAGCUAAAGUGGAGAAAUCUGAUGUGGGGAAUUACACAUGUGUGGUGACAAAUAGUAUAACCAACAACAGAGUGCUGGGACCUACAACACCUUUAAUCCUGAGAAAUGAUGGAGUGAUGGGUGAAUAUGAGCCAAAAAUUGAAGUUCAAUUCCCAGAAAUGGUUCCAUCUGCAAAAGGAACAAUUGUGAGGCUGGAGUGUUUUGCACUGGGAAACCCAGUUCCAGCAAUCAGUUGGAGAAGAGCAGAUGGAAAACAAAUCCCCAAAAAAGCUCGGAGGCACAAAUCGAGCAGCAUUCUUGAAAUCCCAAAUUUCCAGCAGGAAGACGCCGGCCUUUAUGAGUGUGUGGCUGAAAAUGUGAGAGGAAGGAACAUGGCUCGAGGCCAGCUGACGUUUUAUGCUCCUCCCAACUGGACGCAGAGAAUAAACGAUGCCCAUGUGGCUAUCGAGGAAAACAUCUACUGGGAAUGUAAAGCAAACGGGAGACCAAAGCCUUCUUACAGCUGGUUGAAGGAUGGUGAGCUGCUCCUCCCGCAGGAAAGAAUUCAGAUUGAACAUGGCACACUCACCAUAACCAAUGUGAGCCUCUCAGACACCGGCAUGUAUCAGUGUGUAGCUGAAAACCGAUACGGAGCCAUCUAUAUCAGCGCAGAACUGAGUGUAAUCGCUGUGGGUCCAGAUUUUUCCAAAAACUACUUGAAAAGGUUAACUCUUGUUAAAGUUGGUGGUGACGCAACCAUUGAGUGUAAGCCCAAAGCUUCCCCAAGGCCUACCUUUACUUGGAAGAAAGGAAAAGAGAUCCUAAGAGAAAAUGAGAGAUAUGCUAUCAUGGAGGAUGGAACUCUGAAGAUUAUCAAUGUCACUAAAGCAGAUGCUGGCAGUUACACAUGCAUAGCGACAAAUCAUUUUGGAGUAGCCAGCAGUACUGGGAACCUGGUGAUAAAAGAUCCAACACGGUUUAUGGUGGCACCUACCAGCAUGGAUGUCACUGCUGGUGAGAGUAUUCUUCUUCCUUGCCAGGUAUCUCAUGAUCAUCCGCUAGAUAUUAUGUUUACUUGGUCAUUUAAUGGACACCUGAUAGACUUUGAAAGAGAUGGGGAUCACUUUGAAAGAGUUGGAGGGCAGGAUUCAGCUGGUGAUUUGAUGAUCAGAAGCAUCCAGCUGAAUCACGCUGGAAAAUACGUCUGCAUGGUGCAAACGAGUGUGGACAAGCUAUCGGCUGCUGCAGACCUGAUUGUAAGAGGUCCACCAGGUCCGCCUGAAGCUGUGACAAUUGAUGAAAUCACAGACACAACAGCUCAGGUCUCUUGGAGGUCAGGAGCUGACAAUCGCAGCCCUAUCACAACGUACGUGGUUCAAGCAAGAACCCCAUUUUCUGUGGGAUGGCAAGCAGUUAAUACAGUGCCAGAGGUAAUUGACGGAAACACAUUUACAGCAACAGUGGUGGGUUUAAAUCCCUGGGUUGAGUAUGAAUUCCGAGUGGUUGCUGCCAGCCUUAUUGGGAUAGGAGAGCCAAGCAAACCAUCUGAGAAGCGGAGAACCGAAGAGGCUCUUCCUGAAGUAACCCCAGCUAAUGUCAGUGGAGGUGGCGGUACUAAGUCUGAGUUGGUGAUAACCUGGGAGACAGUUCCUGAAGAGUUACAGAAUGGAGGUGGAUUUGGUUAUGUGGUUGCUUUUCGUCCAGUUGGCACGAUUAGUUGGAUGCAGACAGUAGUGGCUUCUCCAGAUGCCUCCAAGUAUGUGUUUCGGAAUGAGAGCCUACCACCAUUUUCACCAUAUGAAGUUAAAGUGGGUGUGUACAACAACAGAGGCGAAGGUCCGUUCAGCCACGUUACAGUUGUUUAUUCAGCUGAUGAAGAACCCAACAAAGCUCCAACCAGCAUCUUUGCCAGAAGCUUGUCUGCUUCAGAAGUAGAAGUAUUUUGGUCCAUGUUGCCAGAAAUGCAGAGUAAAGGAAGAAUACAGGGCUAUGAGGUUAGAUACUGGAGACAUGGAGAUAAAGAGGAGCAAGCUAGAAGAAUAAAAACCAUGACCAACCAAACAUUUGCUAAAAUCAGCAACUUGAAGGGCAAUGCAUUGUACCACUUAGCCAUCAAAGCUUACAACACUGCAGGGAUGGGACCUUCCAGCGCUGUAGUCAAUGUAACAACCAAGAAGCCACCACCAAGCCAACCACCUGGAAAUAUCAUAUGGAAUUCAUCAGACUCAAAGAUUAUAUUGAACUGGGAUCAAGUGAAAGCACAGAAUAAUGAAUCUGAGGUGAAAGGAUACAAAGUUUUUUACCGAUGGAAUAAGCAAAGCAGCACCUCAAUAAUAGAAACAAACAAAACAUCUGUGGAGCUUUCACUGCCUUUUGAUGAAGAUUACAUCAUAGAAAUAAAGCCAUUCAGUGAUGGAGGUGAUGGCAAUAGCAGCGAGCAAAUCCGAAUUCCAAAGAUUUCAAAUGCCUACGCAAGAGGGUCAAGUGCUUCGACUUCCAAUGCCUGCACCCUGUCUGCCAUCAGCACAAUAAUGAUUUCCCUCACAGCUAGAUCAAGUUUAUGACAAAAAAUAUCUAAAGGACUUCCUGUUAAUGAUAUAACUAAGCAACAUUUAGCUAGUUGUUUUGAAGACACCCAGUACUAAGUAAUAUUGUUGUUCAAGUACAUCUUACUACUGGAAAAAAUGUUUUAUGCUUCUCUAGGAAUGGCAUUAUACGGUACUUCCUCAAAGCAAAUAUAGCUUUGUCUGAAGUUUCCUUGGAAACUCUGCAAUGCACUGAAAACAUCCGUAAUACGAUGUUACCAAAGCAGUUUACAUAUGUCCUUAUAUGCAUAUUUUUAUUAUAUAUUUAGUGUUUUAUAGACUUUUUUAAGGUUAACAUAUGAUGUAGAUAUUAAUUUCCUUUCCCCUCUGCUAUAAAAUACUGAUGACAUUAAUCUUGCAAAUAUAUAUUGUUUUGGAAUGUUUUAUGGCCAGAAGGUCAAAGUCCUCAGUAAUCAGUUUCAGAUUGAUUGUAUAGUUUUACAAGAGUGCAUAUUGAUGGAGCUCUUUUGGCCUUGAUCUCUCCUCCAAAGCUUCUGGAAACAGAAAGGAUUCUCCUAUGUUUCUAUGAAGCCUCCUCUUCCCUCCCUUCCUCUCCUCUUGUUGACCCUCAAGCUGCACACACAGACAUUAACACACACACACACUGCUGAUAAGGCAAGGCUCUCCUCAUGGUCUUGUUUAAUGAGACACUCUUCUCCAUAGACUGCUUUCACAAGGAAAAGAUGGAUGCACUUGAAGCAUAGGACAUAUGCCCCGGGCUCAACCACUAAACAAAGAAGAAUGAAUGCCUUUGAGGAUCCCUCUGAUAUAAGCAGAAUGGGAAUGGAUCCAGUAGUCUCUCUUCCAUCCCAUACUUUUCCUAUAUAGGAUUUCAUAUAUUUUUUUUGGAAGAUCAGAUGAUUAAAAUAAAUUAAUGCAUUUGCUUUCAGGCUGUAAAGUCAAGCACAGAAUAAUCAUCUAGGUAAUAUUUUGAUGAUGCCUAUCAAGAUUUUUAUCUGAAUGUACUGAUUUAGCUUUCUUUAACAUUUAACAAAUAUUGAAUUAAUGUUCAUUCCAUUUAGCUGUCAUCACUCCAGUGGUAAAGUAAAACCAACAUUGUUAUAGCAGAGAACAGGAUUCCAAAAGUGGUAAAAAUCUGAAAUUCUAACAGCUGAAUUUACAUUAUUCUGGAUUUUCACAAUUUUAAUCAGGAAGUCUGCAAAUCUGGGAAACUUUAUAUGAAAGAUAGCUAUACUUUCUUGUCUGAGCAAAUAUUUAUUUUGAUAGAUAUACAUGGUAACUAUAACUCUCUAAAGAUUGCUUUCAUGCACAGUUAUCCAUGGUUAUAGAUUUUGUUUGACUAUAGGCCAAAAACUAACGAUAAUAACAUUUCAAUGAAUUUCUUCUCUUACAGUGCAUGUCUGGGUAUUUCCAUGCCCUUUAAAAUAGUUUUUCUCUUUUUGAUGAUUUCCAAUCCUCCUGGCUUUCUGCUAUCAUAAGAGAUCAGAACCCGAAAUUGUAUGUUCUAAAGACCAAGGUUCCAUUUUCUUGACCACAUUGUCAUACAUAUCUAGUGUGUUAGUAAAAUUGAAUUCAAAUGUGAGUACAAUCUUUCAUGGAGUCAUUUCAUGCAGCCUCUGUUCAUUCCAGUAGCGCUUGUGCUGGAGCAUAGUUUGGUGAAUGGCCCAACACAGUGGGUUCAGUCUGCAUGCAGAGGUUUUAAUGUAGGCAUGAAGUUCUACACAAGUCAGCUCAUGCGGAGCUUCUGUGUGCACUAGUCUAGCAAAGUCCUAGAUCAUGUCCAAAAUUUAUAAGAAAAAUAUAUUAAUACAAAAGAGAUUUCUUACUAUGGAAAAUUUUUUGUAAGUAUGCUGAGAUAGAUCAAUGAUCAUUCAAAGAAUAGACUUUUCUAUUCAUUUUUUCCCAAGUUUUAAAAAUGCACAGCAGAGGUUUCUAAUUUGUUCUUCCGAAUAGCUUAAAUUUGCCUGUUAUUUGUCUCUUUGGCUUCCAGAACAAUACAAGCUAACUUUUAAACCUUCAAAAAUAUAUUUAUUAAGUAAUUCAUAACCAGGAUUCCACUUGUGUAAGUCAGGGGUGUUAACCAGAGAAAUAUUGUCAGUAUUUCAAGCUGUGUUCCUUUCUUAGUUUGAUAUGGUUACUUCUAUGUAAAAACAAAAAACUUUAAAAAAAACUGCAAAAGAAAGAAAAUGAAAGAAAAAAAAGCCUAUGUAGUUUUUCUCCCCAGUGUAAAUGAUAUUUAUCAGUGAUCUAGCAGAUGUAAUCUUUUUUAAAGUUAUUGGUAAUAAAUAUUCUGUUAUUUGUAAAGAUU